CGAUCACUGUGAAGUCCCGCUGGUGCGCUCCCGCAUUGCCGGGAUAAUUUCCCCAGAUUACGCCGACAGUGUUCCCAGGGCGCAUUGACCUGAUAAAUAUGUCCACCGCUGCUGCUACUCAAUCCCUCCAGAGUUGGCUUCAGUGAUAUUCACUCCAAAUGAAGCUCCCUCACCUCCAGCCGCUGCUCGCUGCAGCCGGACUAUUCGUCACCCUCUCCUCCGCCCUCGGCCAGAAGUCGAUAAUAUCAGCCAACAAACAAGCUGGAGUGCUCACGCUCGUCGAGAACAGUCGCCCAGUCGCCCGCAUCCAUGUCUCCAGCACCGACUAUCCUGCCGUUAUCCGAGCGGCCCACGACCUCGCGGCUGACUUCGGCCGCGUGACGGGCCACAACAUGACAUUAACACUCACCAACUCCACCGGAAAAGCCGCCGCUGCCGCCGCCGGCACUUCCGCGAUCAUCGUCGGGACCAUUGGCGAGUCCGCACUCAUCGACUCGCUCGUGGCGAACAAGAAGCUGAAUAUCUCGGGGAUCGUCGGGAAAUGGGAGAGCUUUCGGACUACGCUGGUAGACAACCCAAUUCCGGGAGUCUCGCGCGCGCUAGUGAUUGCCGGUAGUGACAAGCGCGGUACCAUCUUCGGCGUCUACGAAGUGUCGGAGCAGAUCGGAGUUUCGCCAUGGUACUACUGGGCCGACGUGCCGCCGCAGCAACACAAGGCCCUGUACGCAUUGAAAACGACAUUGCAGCGUGGCGAGCCGUCGGUCAAAUACCGCGGCAUCUUCCUGAACGACGAGCAGCCGGCGUUGACCGGGUGGGUUAACGACAACUUUCCGCGCGGCGAGUACGGCCCCGGCUACAACCAUGAGUUUUACAGCAGGGUGUUCGAGCUGCUGCUACGGCUGCGCGCGAAUCUGCUCUGGCCCACCAUGUGGGACUCGAUGUUUGCCGUCGACGACGCGUUAAACCAGAAGACAGCGGAUAUGUACGGGAUCGUCAUGAGUACGUCGCACACCGAGCCGCUGCAGAUGUCGACUAAGGAGUGGAAUACGCUCGGCAACGGCACUUGGGACUACACCAGCAAUUCCGGGGAAAUCUAUAAGUACUGGCAGAAAGGCGUCGAGCGCGCCAAGGAUUAUGAGAACAUAUGGACCAUUGGAAUGCGCGGGAAUGGAGACAAUAAUCUCGGGGAAGGUGUGGUGACGGAGCUACUGAGUAAGGUUGUCAAGGACCAACGGGAGAUAUUGGCGAAUGUACUGGGAGUAGACGAUGUGGCUACCGUGCCGCAAGUCUGGUGUCUCUACAAAGACAUUCAAGCAUACUACGAGGCGGGCAUGAGGGUCCCAGACAAUGUGACCCUUCUUUGGACAGAUGACAACUGGGGUAACGUGAGGAGACUGCCGUCGGCCAACGAAACUCAUAACCAGGCGGGGAUCUACUACCAUUUCGAUUAUGUCGGAGACCCCCGGAACUACAAGUGGAUCAACACGGUUUCAUUGACGAAGACGGCCCAUGAACUACACUUGACGUAUGAAAGGGGUGCGCGCGAAAUCUGGGUGGUAAAUGUCGGCGAUCUCAAGCCACUUGAAGUUCCCAUCGACUACUUUCUCAAUCUCGCCUACGACUUCGACCGCUGGGGUGGAGUCGAGGAGGUGGAUGCGUACACGGCACUAUGGGCGGCACGCGAGUUCGGCACCACGCACGCGGCCGAGAUCGCCUCGAUAAUGUCGCUCUACGGCACCUACGCUGCACGGCGCAAGUACGAGCUGGUAGAUUCUACGACGUACAGCCCCAUCCAUUACCACGAAGCCGAGCUGGUGCUGUCGCAAUGGAGAAACCUGUCUGCGCGGGCAAAAGCGGUGCACUCAGCACUCCCGGCCGCAUACCGCCCCACCUUCUUCGAACUGGUACUUCAUCCCACUAAGGCCGCCUACACGGUCUACGAUAUCCACGUCACCACCGGCCGCAACAACCUAUACGCGUCCCAGCGGCGCACCAGCGCCAAUGCGCUCGCCCAGCACGUGAUGAAGCAGUUCGACGAAGACGCCGUGCUGACGCGCGAAUACAACGGCUUGUUGGGCGGAAAGUGGAACCACAUGAUGGACCAGCCGCACCUGGGCUACAACUACUGGCAGCAGCCAAUGCGCAACACGCUGGCGCCGCUUGCGUGGGUUCAGGCUGGCGUGGCGUCGGUGGCCGGACACAUGGGCGUUGCGAUCGAGGGCUCGAACGGAACCGUCCCCGGCGACGACCGCUAUAACACCGUCGCCUACGGAAACAAUACACUGGUUCUACCAGCGCUGGAUCCGUUCGCCGCCACACCUUACCGGACAAUCGAGAUCUUCUCGCGCGGUACCGAGCCCUUCUUUUUCAACGUGACGCCACACAACUCUUGGGUGCAUGUGCAGCCGAAAACGGGGUUUGUCGACCCCCAGGACCCGGCCACGGAUACCACGGUGCGCGUAUCGGUGGAUUGGGACGCGGCUCCGGAAGGCUACAACAUCGGCUUCCUCGACAUCACGUCUUCCGCCUCAUACGGCGACUUCGGCGCGCCGUCCGUAAACCUACCGAUCAACAAGACCGCCGUGCCGACGGGCUUCACGGGGUUCGUCGAGAGCGACAAGCACGUCUCCAUCGAGGCGUCCCAUGCAUCGCGAAAUACCUCCAACGGCGAGGUGCACUACAGCACACUCCCCAAUCUCGGCCGCACCGGUGAUGCGGUGACCAUAUUCCCCGUGACCGCCGACACGCAGGACACAGCCUCCGGGCCCCGGCUAGACUAUGAUCUGCAUCUCUUCACCGUGCCCAGCUACGGCGCAAACAUAACCGUAUAUCUCGGCGGCGCGCUCAACAACCAACCGGGCCGGCCGCUGAAAUACGCUAUCGCCCUCGACGACGAGACGCCACAGGAGGUGCAGUACAUCCCGAACCUGAAGACACCUCUCGCGAUGCCGGAUGGGUGGCUGGAGAUGGUGGCCGAUGGAAAUGUCUGGAAGCAUACCACGAGGCACAAUAUGACCUCGCCGGGGAAGAAGACGCUCAAGCUGUGGGCGCUGGAGCCGAGUGUGGUAUUCCAGAAGGUGGUGAUGGAUUUGGGAGGAGUGAGGCCCAGCUACUUGGGGCCGCCGGAGAGUGUGAGAUUGUGAAGCAGGGUGCGUGUGCAUUUGGCGCACGUGGGUUGGCCAUGACGCUUGGUGAAGUGUCUCGAUGAUGGCUGCGUGCUUGUUCUAUGGCGAUCAAUAGGCGAAUAUCUAGUUAUCUAGUACAUAAUAGC